UGUCCCAUCGAUCCCUCUCGGCCGCCGCCACCUUCCAAUCCACCUCGACCUCUUCACCCAACCAACCACCAAAAUGAUCCCAAAAUCCAUCCCUACCAAUCCUGCCCGAGCCCCGAGCCAACCCCCACAGCGCGCCGUCUCCCAUCGCUAAAUCCAGAUGGGAUCAAGACUACAGCCGAGCGCCUCCUCCUCACCUCGUCUCCCUCGCGCAGGCCAACCACCGAGUCAUCACCGCCGGCCACCAGCAGCAGCACCGGAGCCAACCUUGCGCCUCCUCUCUUGUUCCUUCCUUCUUUCUUUUCCCUGCUGCCCGAGCUCAUUUCUCUCUCUCUCUCUCUCCCGUUUUGGUGUGCAGACGUUCAAGCCGCAGGAGCAGCGCCACCGCUACCUUGUUCCUGCAGGAGGCAAGCUCCGUCGCCUGACCUUGGAACGGCCAGGUCCGUCCGGCCUCCGUAAGCCUCGCCUCGUCUACACGCCGAUCUGUCGCGGACUGCCCUCAGAACGGAGCUCCAUCUCCACCGAGCCUCGGAUCCAGCCGGUUCCUGCGCGUCCUCGACCGCGCCAAGUACCUUGCCCUGCGUCGCCGUCUUCCUCUUUCGCCUCGUGCCGAACCUCUGCUUCCAACCACGUCGUUGCUCUGCUCCCUGUAGAUCAGAGGACCGCGCCCGCUUCAGUUCCUCCCCUCUGUCUAGAUCGAGCGAGAGGAGCUCGCCCGGUCCAGCCGCACGUUGUCCGCGACCCCAAGGCCCAGCUGCACACCCCUGGCCUGCCUCCUACGCGCCGUGGGCCGCGCCUCCAGGCCCAGCGCGCCCCUUCGUGGCCUGCCAAGCCUCUCGUUCUACUGGGCCAGGCCAUGGCCAAAGUUGCCUUUCUCGUGAGCUUCGGUUCCGUUCUGGAGUUGUGAGGAUCCGUUCGACUUUGUCCGUUUGUCUUCUUCAUGGACUCGUUCUUCUUCCUUGCGGGAUUUCAGGCAAGAUGAUCAUACCCUCGAAAUCACUUCUAUCUUUGCUUGCUAG